UGCUUCAGGAAAAUGUUUUUUAAAUUCAACACAAGGCUGAGAUUUCUUUACGCCAUUUGGGCUUUCCUAGAAUGUUUGGGCUUUUGUGGGCUUUUACAGGGGUGGGGUUCGCUGGUGUAUAUUUUAAAAGAUGAGGGCAUCUACUCGGAUCUGUGCGUCGACCAGCCCCACAACGGCUCUACAGAUUCCAAUGUCACAAGAAACACUACAGAAGACACUGUCAAAAGUAGCGGCUGCCUUGAGCAGGACUCUAAGUUGGCCGCCAUCUUCACCAUCGCCUCAUCUCUGUACAAUUUGAUCAGCAUUGUGUUGGGGCAGUUUUCUUUCAAGUUUGGUACAAGGACCACCCGGUUUAUCGGCAUAUUAUUUUAUGUUAGUGGGGCCUUAAUGUUAGCCUUCACGUCGAAAGAGUUGCCCUGGCUGGCCUACCCUGGGCUGACCUUGAUUGGCUUUGGGGGUGUGGCCAUGUACCUCACCUGCGUACAAGUGGCCCACCUGUUCCCGCUGGGAGGAUCUGUGGUCAUUGGCUUUCUCAAUGGCGCGUUUGAUACGUCGUCUGGCAUUCAACUGAUGGUCAAGUUUGGAUACGAGAGUGGAAUCAGCAGACGGACGUCUUACGUCAUCGUCGCCUGCUCUCAGGUGUUCGUCCUCGUCUCCACCUUGUUCUUUUACCCCAAGGAUUUUAUCCGCAAACAUCAGCAGGACCACGUGACUGAGAUCAAACAAGAAAACACAGAACUAGACACGACCAAAGGGCUACAGACGGAAGCAGAAAAGGACUUGGAGCAAAAGACUGACACAGAUACAAUCACUGAAUUGAAAGAUACAGAAGAUUCAGGAACAUUCCGGGGCCUGUUGAGACACGUGCUGUCCUUGACCUUUAUACUGCACGUGAUGUGGGCGUCUUGUCUUCAGCUCCGAUUUUACUUCGUGUUGGGCUCAAUCAAUACCAGUCUAGAGAAGAUGGUCAGUUCACAGUCUGAAGUCAGCCACUACACCAACGUGAUGUUGUACACAAUGAUGACUGGCAUCUUCGUCUCCCCCAUCGCUGGAUUCUUCUACUCCUGGCUGACUCAAAUCUUUGCCAACAGCGUGUCCAGCGUACGACGUCAGGUGAUGCCGUCAGUGCUCCCCCUAGCGGCGACCACUGUGUUCAGCGUCAUCAUGUCCAGUCUCCUGCUGGUCAACGACCCCCGGGUGCUGUACGCCUUCUUCGUCUUCCUGGUGCUGCAGCGGUCAUUUCUCUACACUAUGUACACGGCUUACAUCGCUGCCAUAUUCCCUAGCUGUUACCUGGGCAGUCUGCUUGGGAUCGCCAUCUUCACCUCUGGGGUCAUCUCAUUCUUCCAGUACGCCCUCUUUGCUUGGCUGGAGACUGGUGGACUUUCGCAGGUAAACAUCUUCCUGUUGGUGUUGGCGUGUGUCACAUUAGUUCAUCCCCUGUACCAGUGGUGGGCGUGUCGUAGAGCGGAGGUCAGGCAGCUCGUGGAUUCGAACCAGAAGAUCACGAGACAAGCGCCACACUAA